AUGACCGCCGUAAUGACCGACCGUAUUACCACGACCGCCGCAACGCGGACUACUCGUUCUCUGGACGUGGAGGCGGUGGUCGAAGCGGCGGCCGUCCCCGGUCUCCUUCGCGUCAAAAUGACCGCGGCCGUCGCCCACACUCGCCUGCCAAUACAAAUGACCGCAGCCAAGUGCAAACUCGAAACGCCGGAUGGGGUCCACCACCACCACUAA